GGAAGCUCGGGGCAGAGCUCGCCUUCCGCCUCAUAUUGUUCACCGCCUGUGAUGGUUAAACCCUUCAUUCAUUAUUCUCCACAUCUUCUACUAUUUGUGGUUAAACACCGAACAAUAUCGCACGCGACUAAACUAAACUCAAUACACCAGGAACAGUCAAUGAGAUUGGUGAUGUUUAAACCCUUCCCAUUCAUUAUUCUUCACAUCUUGUACUACUUGUGGUUAAACAGAACAUUACCGCACGGAACUAAACUACAACGAGAUCGGUGAUGUUUAACCCCAUUCAUUAGGCUUUACAUUUUACAUUACUUGUGGAUAAACAUAGAGCCCUACCGAACAGGACUAAACUAAACAACAGGAACUUUAGCCCCAAUGUUUCGGUCGGAUGGACCGUGUCUCCCGCAGGAGCUUGAGGGUCUGCGGUCACCGUGUCCCCGAAUCGCUGCCGACUCUGGCCGCCUAAUCCCCCGGUUCCUCGGCUCUUUGUACUGGAAGUACACCCUGAUAUCCACCUUAACCCGACACUAAUAGGCGAGAGAACCAGUCAGUCUCGGGUCGAAGAACUCAACAGUCAUCGAUCUGAAGCGUUUACUGUUCUGUUUUAUCUCCUCAGAUUCAACCUCACCUUUUCCAGCCUUCUCUGUUUCAUCACAAAUUCGUAUUUAUGUUACAUUAAAUAAUAGGUUAAAGUCUGAAACGUUAUUUAAUGAGCUGAAAAAUGUCUUAUUACUCCAGAAGCUCCAGAGCUUCAGACUGCAAGGUCUAUGUUGGUGAUUUGGGAACGGGAGCUGCCAAAGGGGAGUUGGAACGUGCUUUCAGCUACUAUGGCCCUCUCAGGAAUGUGUGGGUAGCGCGCAACCCUCCGGGUUUCGCUUUUGUAGAGUUUGAGGACCCCAGGGACGCUGAAGAUGCCGUGCGUGGGAUGGAUGGCAAGGUUCUUUGCGGGUCAAGGGUACGGGUCGAGCUCUCAAACGGGAUGUCGCGCAAAUCUCGCUUUGGCCGCCCCCCUGCACGGCGCCAGUUUGACCCCAACGACCGUUGCUACCAGUGCGGUGAGCGCGGCCACUAUGCCUACGAUUGCUACCGUUACAGCAAGAGGAGGCGUGGCAUCAGUCGGUCUCGGUCUAGGUCUCGUUCCCGUUCACGGUCCAGGUCGAGAGGCCGCCGUUACACCAGGUCCCGGAGCCACAGCCGAGAUCGCCGAACUCGCUCCCGUUCGCCUUCGUACUCUAAGAAGAGAAGUCGAUCUCUCACGCCAAUGAGGUCAAAGUCCAGAUCUCCAGUCAGGAGGAGCCCGUCAAGAUCAAGGUCUCGAUCAAGAUCUCUUUCUAUGAAACGAGAAAGUCGCUCCCCAUCAGAAAGUUCUCGGAAGAGUCCAACCCCCGCGAGAGAUGAUUGAAACAGAACGUUGUGAAGAGUGCGGCACUGUGGACCUCAUCGCCUGACAACCUUUUAACUAAUCUAGAUGUUUUAGUGCCUUUUUAUAUGCAUGCAUUCCACGGAGAAAUGUCACUGCUCUUCAUUUGGUCCAUGUAAACGUUAUAAUUCAAUGUUGUGAAAUAAACUGUACAGCUUCUACGAGGAGCAGCGUUAUCAGCUGUCAGGGGGGUACAGUAAACAGCUCGCAUUUCUUUGUAUUAAAUUUUACAUCUUUAUCAGAGUAAGGAGAUUCUGCUUCAGUGAAUUUGUUGCAGUGUGUGUGUGUGCGCAGCUAAUGUUAUGAAGGUUAAAAAUGGGGAAAUUCUAACGCUUCAUACCUAGUUAACUAUUUUUGUCAUUCUUUUUGUUUUCUCCCUUCCAAUUCCCAAUAAAAAUCAAUAAAAUGUG